GCAAAAACAUGGACGACACAAGUGUCUGUCCUCCGCUGCUUGCGGAGUCUGACGCUCAAAAUAACACUACUAGUACCCCUAACGCGGCUUCUGCCACAGAUGCUGACAAAGUAAUAAACACUCAAAUAGAUAGAACCCAGGUUGAAGGACACAAGAGUGAAGUGGAUCUACUGAAGGGUCUCCUCACAGACGACUACUGCCAUGUGUGUGAGGCUGUGCUGCUUUUUGAUUCUCAGCGGGUGUCCCACUAUGAGGGAAAAAAACACGCUCAGAAACUUAAGGUGUACCUGCAGGCCAAGAGAGCCGAGAAGAUGAGCAAAGAGUCCCCAGGACCCCAGCGGACCAUGACGACUGAUAAGGACCAUUUCUGUGAGCUGUGCAACAUGGUGUUCAGUUCUCACAUGGUGGCAAAAUCUCACUAUGAAGGCAAAGUCCAUGCAAAGAAUCUUCGUAAACAAGGUCUUCAGCCUCCAGUAUUAGACAGACACACAGAGGUGCGUACUUUACCAAGUCUGGCCUGGGACCCUGAUGAUGCUGAUCAGAAGUCAGCCCCAGAGGAUGGUAUGGAGCGUGUUCUGGACCCAACAGCCUCCACAACUGCCUCCAGCACAGAGGUUGACCUGAAGGACCCUAACAAGUACUGUGCCCUGUGUGCUGCUUCAUUCAACAAUCCCCAAGUAGUGUUGCAGCACUACAAUGGACGCAGACACCAGAGGAAUCAGGCCAAACAGGAGCUGCUCAAAGACCUCAGAGACAAUUUCGAACAAGCCGACUCCCUGAUGUGUCAGAUGUGUAGCCUGCAAUUUAACUCUGUGGAGAUGUAUCAGUCCCACAUGCUGGGAAACAAACACCUGAUAAGGAAGAAGAAGGUUGUUAAGCUGUGCAAAUCCCGACAAAAAGACUACAACACAUUUGCGGAUGAACUGGCUGAUUUCAUUCAGGUUCAGAAGGCUCGUGGAAUCACGCCCAAGGCUGGUGAAGUCACACAACAGGAGGAAGAGCAAGAUGAAGAAGAAGAAGCAUUAAACAAGGGGGAUAUCAUAGAACUGAACAAACAUAUGCCCAACCUCCCUCCCACCUCUAAUGCUUCUCAUCCCUCCCGCCCCGGUGGUUACUACCCAGUUGAAGCGUGGCGUCCUCCAUAUCAGGGCCCUUCCUGGCCGUCCCAUGGCUGGGAUUACAACGGCCCUCCUCCUGUCCUCCCAGGCUCAGGCGCUCCUCUGUUCACUGGUCGGCCCACAAAGAGAAGGAGGCGCAGAAAGCAGUCGAGCUCCUCCUCGUAUACUACUUCAUCUUACUCCUCCUCCUAUAGCAGUAGCACAAGUGACAGUGGUGACAGUGAAUACAGGCGCAGAGAAAAGAGGAGGGUUAAGAGAUCCAGGCAGGAGAGAGACAGGAGGGCAAGAGAUGAGGACUCAGACAAGGAGGAGAAGAGGGGGAAGCGGCAGAGGAGGGAAAGAGAAAUGGACUCAGAGGAGAGGAGAAGAGAGGAAUCUGGAGAGUCUGAGGAGGAGAGGAGGGGAAAAAAUCGCAAAAGUCCUGGAAAGAAGCGAAGACGAGAAAAGAAAUCCCGGGAGGAGGAUUUUGAGUCACAAGGAGGGGAAAGGGUGAUGGACAAUAGAAAAGAGACUGAAGUGCAUAUUCAGGCUGAAAUGAAUGUUGAGCAGGGGGAGGCUGGACAGGACACGCCAGCCAAAACUAAAAACAGGAAAGAGAAGAAGAAAACGAAAGAGAAAGUAGACACUAGGACAGAAGAAGAGAAGCUGUGGGAUGACUCCAUCCUGGGCUGUUAAACUCAACAGGCCCAGUUCAACUCUGAUGAACUGCUGACAUUCAAGCAAAACAUGAAGUUAUCAUCAUCAUGAUGUUGAACAUCUCAUAAAGUGUCUAUACUAAAACAAUCUUUAUAGUUAACAAAGCAGUUUUUACUCUCUGCUCUGACCGCACAACAGUGUUGUCCUCUAGGUGCGCUAGCUGGCUAGCCAUGUUUAGGUCAUUUGUGUUUGUGAGGAAUGAAUGAAUUGUGUUUGGAGGUGUUUCUUACACAUGUAUCCACAAAUGUAAUAGCUUUAUUUUUCACUAUGACACUUAAUAACAUAUUUGAUUGAAUUCUUUUGCACAUCUUUAAUUGUUGGCUGUAAUAUUUUAAUAUUUAUGAUCUUUUUUUCUUUCUUGCCAAUUAUUGGAUUUGAACAUAAAGUCCUUGUGACCUCAUCAAUACAUCCAUAUGUUUCUGUAUCUGUGCCGCGGGCAAGGAUUUGAUAGAUUGUGAUUCCUUUAGCAGCCUGUGGCUGGCACUGUUGAGCUUCAUUCAGAGCAUCAGUGAAGCAAAUAAAAGCACAGAUGUUA